AAAAAAAUCAAUAUCUAGUUUCACAAUGCUUUCAAACUUGUUGUUCUUCAUUUGUAUACUAAUUUCAUCCUUCAUUUUCACUUCUCAUUCUUAUAAUAACAAAUGCCUUCGCCAUCAGGAAACCUUGUUGAUUCAACUCCGGGAUGAGUUGAUCUUCAAUUCUUCUCGUUCGACAAAACUGGUGCGUUGGAAUGAAAGUGGCGAGUGCUGCAAGUGGCACGGUGUGGAAUGUGAUGCUUCUGGCUACGUCGUUAGUUUGCAGCUCGAUAAUGAGACCAUUUAUGGUGGAAUUGGUGAUUCGUCAAGUCUCUUCAGAUUUAAAUAUCUGCAGAAGCUUAACCUCGCCUACAAUCACUUCUUCAGUGAUGCCAUUCCAAAAGGUAUUGGCAAUUUCACUUGUUUGACACAUUUGAAUUUGUCACAUGCUGGUUUUGUUGGGCAGGUUCCUUCUGAAAUUUCGACCUUAACGAGAUUGGCUAGUCUCGAUAUCUCCAAAUACUAUCAAGAAAAUUUUAUUCUUGAGCUCCCGAAUUUGGAGAUGCUUGUCCACAAUCUAACAGAGCUUAGAGAGCUCUAUCUUGAUUAUGUCAAUAUUACCUCCUUUCAUGAAAGGAAAAGAUGGAGCCAUAUUGUUUCAUCAUAUUUACCCAACCUCACCGCUUUGAGCUUGCGCCGUUGUUCCAUUUCCGGCCCUUUAGCAAGGUUGUUUUGGAAACUCCAUUCCCUCUCGAUUCUUCGACUGGAUGGUGCGAAUCUUUCAACAGUAGCGGUGGCUGACUUGUUCUCCAAUUUUCCAUUUCUGACCACCUUGACUCUUCGUGACUGCAGUUUGAAGGGUUCUAUAUCAUCCACCUUUGCUAACCUAACUGAGCUGAUUCAUGUGAAUUUGGAAUCUAACUUCUUGACAGGCUCACUCUCUUCUAUGUUGUUCAAACGUCUUUCCAAUCUCGUUCAUCUAGAUCUGAGUUUCAAUUCAUUCUCUGGUAACAUCCCCCAUUCUCUUUUUGCUCUCCCAUCAUUGUUGGAACUUUAUCUUAGUCACAACCAAUUCAAUGGCACUUUUCAACUCGACAGCUUUCAAAGCCUUCCCAAUCUCACAUUGCUUUAUCUAUCCGGCAAUAGCUUGUCAGUAGAUGUAGGCAACGUCAAUUCGAGUCUCAAAUUAAAAGAAUUAGGCCUAGGUUCUUGUAACUUGUCCAAUUUUCCUGAUUUCAUAAAACAUUUGGAUCUAAAGUAUUUGGAUCUCUCGGCCAAUAGGAUUGCAGGGGAGAUUCCUAGUUGGGUUUGGGGAACACAACUUUGGCUUUUGAAACUCUCAUUUAAUCUUCUAACAGAUUUUCAAAAGCCUUACCAUAUUCCUGUUUCUCUUGAGUACCUAUACUUGGACUCUAACCAGCUCAGGGGUGAGUUACAGCUGCCCAUUCCACUUGAAUCUCAUCUCAUGAUCUUGUCUCUUGAUAAUAAUAGUUUUAGUGGAUCAAUUCCAACAUCCCUUUGCAAAACCACACACAUCAUUUUUCUUUCUUUGUCUAAAAAUAAAUUAAGUGGCAGCACACCCCCUUGCCUACUUAAAUACAUUCAGUGGCUUGAUCUGAAUCAAAACAACAUCAAUGGCAGCAUUCCAGAUAUUUUUUCUCUGAAUUGUAACCUACAAUAUUUGGUGCUUAACAAUAAUAAUUUAGAAGGGAAGAUCCCAAAAUCUCUCAAAAGUUGCAUGUCGUUGGAGGUCAUGGAUGUCGGGAACAACAAAAUCAACGAUACGUUCCCGUGCAUGCUAUCAUCCUCAUUGAGAAUUCUUAUUUUGCACUCCAACAAAUUCCAUGGUGAAGUGACAUGUAACAUGACCUCAUGGACAGCGCUUCAAAUUCUAGAUGUAUCUUCAAAUAAUUUCAGUGGACGUAUGGAAUCAAUAAACUUCUCUAAUUGGAGGGGAAUGAUGCAAUGGAGUUAUGCUCAACCGUACGAAGUUGAAGUGACAUUAAUCAUGAAAGGCAUAGAGUUAGAACUUGAGGAGAUUUGGCCAUACUUUGGAAGUAUUGAUUUUUCUUGCAAUAAUUUCAUUGGAGAGAUACCAAACGCAAUUGGAGAUCUUACCUCUCUUUAUCAUCUCAACUUGUCUCACAAUGCCCUCAAUGGAAAUAUCCCUCAGUCAUUUGGCAACUUGAGUAUGCUCGAAUCACUUGACCUCUCUCGAAACCAGCUAACAGGGCCAAUACCGACGGGGUUUGGAGAAUUCACAUUCCUUGAAGUCUUGAACCUGUCAUAUAAUAAGCUGGUCGGGGUGAUCCCAAAAGGCCGUCAAAUUCAGACAUUUUCAGCUGCACCCUUUGUAGGAAAUCCCGGCCUAUGUGGUUUCCCUCUCAACACAAACUGCAGUCAUACUAAUGAGCUAUCACCGCGAGAACAUGAAGAUGUGGAAGAGAAGAGGGAGAUUGAGUGGGAAUGCGUAUCUGCUGCACUCGGAUACGUUGUGGGAUUCGGAAGCAUUUUAUGGCUACUUCUAUUCUGCCGAAGCUUCAGACAAAAAUACUUUGGAAAAAUAGAAGAAGUUGUUGAAGACAUAUUCAUUGCCAGAGACAUGAGAAGAAGGCGAGCAAGAAUGGCUUCCAGGAACCGAGCCAGGAGACACUAGUGUUGAACCAAUUGCGGAGAAGGGCAGCAACCAGCCGGAGAAGAAGAGCGCCACGAGGAAGAGGUGAUAGCGGAGCAGGAUGAUCCAGUUGCUCUUGUUUCUUUAGUCUUUUGUUUUAUUAUAUUGUGUUUUUUGUUUUAUUUAAAAUUGGGUCGGGCUUAAAGCCCCGUUCGGGUUUUUUUUGCGGUUCUUUCCCGAACAGACUAGGAGGUCGAACCGUAUAGAUUAGGCUUAUUAUUCCAUAAGAAAUAUAAUAUCAAUAUACUCGCUCCGUUUCUUCAUAGUUGAGGCGGAACUUUUCGGCACGGAGUUAUAGAAAUGAAU